UGUUGCCUGUAGUAACAUAUUUCAAGAAAAUAUAGGCACUAAAGUGACAAAAAGAGAAAAUGUUCAAGUUGCAGAAGCAGAAUAACAAGCAGACUAAAUCAGGAGAAAGGGUUGAUUUCAGAUUCUCCAAUUUCCAAGCACUUCAGGUACCAAAAGGAUGGGACAGGCUUUAUCUGUCUAUAAUCUGUGUAGAGACUGGAAAAACAGUAGCAAAGUUGGGCAAAACACUUGUGAAAAAUGGAAGUUGUCAAUGGCCAGAGACGCUUUUGGAAUCGGUUUGGAUUUUACAAGAUGAUUCCUCUCUGGAGCUUGAAGAAUCUCUCUACAAGUUUGUUGUUUCAAUGGGCUCUGCUAGAUCUGGCAUACUUGGAGAGGGAACCAUUAAUUUGGCAUCAUAUGUUGGUUCAAGAUUGUCUUCUCCUGUUUUGCUUCCUUUAAAGAAAUGUAAUCAGGGCACAACACUACAGUUGAAAAUUCACUGCCUAACACCAAAGAGUAAAUUCAGAGAUGAAUCAAAAUCCUCAGUUUCCAAUAUGAAAGAGCAGGAUCUUGAUCAUGAUAUUACCAGUAAAUCGAAUGAGUCUGAUAACUUAUCUGCUGGGAGUGAUGGACUUCAGUUUACUCAAGAUAUAGGCUCUAACUCGGGUCCAAGCAAAUUCGAGAUCAAGGAGAGAAGUUUCUCGGUAUCUGGAUCGAAUAACAGCUUUAUCUCAGCUGAGAGCUUUACCCGAAAAGUAAAAUUUCCCUCUACAUAUCACUUAAAGAGUGAAGGAUCCAAUCACACAGGCAAACAAGUUAGAGCAAAUCCUGAUAUCGACAAUCAUUUUGUUUCAGACCAAUCAUCCUAUAAUACAAAAGCCACAGGUUCAAUGGAGAAUCUGCAGAAUAACAGAAAAGAUUUCACAGCGUCUUCUCUAACGAAUUCCAGCUCUUCGAGGAACAUUCUAGAAGCUGCAGAAGAUACAAUUGAAGAACUCCGGAUAGAAGCAAAGAUGUGGGAGAGAAAUGCACGGAAACUAAUGCUCGAUUUGGACAUACUGAGAGAGGAAUUCUCUGCUCAGUCGAAAAAGCAAGCCGACUUGGUUAUGGAUCUCUCAGCUGCCUAUUCUGAUCAAGGUAGCUUGAAAAAAGAGAUUGAGAAUCUGAAACUAAUGUUGGAGGAGUCGACAGCAAAACACACUGCAACGGCGGAGGAUUCAGUAUUUCAAUCAAAAAGUCAGAAUCAUAUCCAAGAGGAACUUGAAAAUGAAAUAAGACAUCAGCAAGAGUUGAAUGCCAGUUUAGCCUUACAACUGAAAGGAAGUCAAGAGUCAAAUAUCGAGCUGCUCUCGCUUCUUCAGGAGCUAGAAGAAACUAUAGAACAGCAGAAAGUGGAGAUAGAGAAAUUUUCAUCUCUGCAUCUGAGGUUAACUGACAUGAAAAAUUCCGCCACAGCAGAUUCGCAAGGUAAAGCCAAUUUCUCGGUCCAGUUCCAAGAACAGGAAGAAUCGGAAGAGACAUUGCGAAGCAGCGUCCAAUCCCUCACAAAAGCAUUACAAGACAAAAAUCAUGAGCUCGAGAGUGAACGAAUAAUGAGUAGAGACAUUGAAGCAUUACGAGAGAAAGUGCAGGAACUAGAGAGGGAUUGUGCUGAGCUUACUCAGGAAAACCUGGACCUGUUAAUCAAGUUUAAGGAGUCCAAUAAUGAAAUCCCGAGGGGAACAACUGAAUCAUUUGAAACUGAGAAGAGUGGUAUCACGUCCCAUAUUCACUAUGACAAAGAAAAUCUUGAUAGCACACUGACACCCGUGGAAAAAGUUGGUGAAAAUGAAAACUCAGAACACUUCAGUAAAUUAGUGAAGCAGCUUGAAGUAGCUUUUCACCUUCUAAAAAGACCGUGGUAUGAACUUUCUUCCCGUGUAAGUGAUCAGUGCCAAAGUCAUCUGGAUAACUUGGCAAAUUUGAGCGAGAACAGUGAAAGCUCUCCCAAGGUAUUGGCGAGCUAUAUCCUUACAAAUAUGUUUGAGCUGAACCAUCUCUUAGAAACUAGAAUUGUCGAGUACGAGGAACUUCUUAAACAGCAUGAAGAGGAGAUCCAGGAGAGAAAUAAUUCUGUUGCAGAAGCUAAAAGAAAGCUGGAAGAUUACACUCUUGAGUUUCAAGCUCAUGAAAGCUCAAAGGCAGAACUACAAGUUCAAUAUUCAAGCCUACUAAAGGAGUUGGAUCAGAAAAUAUCCGAGUUAGAUAAGUUACAAGCUGACUUACAGACAAAGGAAGAGGAGACGAACCGUCUUUCGGAGCAUCAAAGAGAACUAGAAGCUAAAGUUACUGAUCUUCAAAAGGAGAAGGAUGCGCAAGUUUCGGAGAACAAGCUUCUGGAAGGGAAAUUAACACAGCUCGAAAGUGAAAACGAUAUAUUGAAAGAGAAGAAUGAAAAUAUGGAAGCACAUAGGCUCAUGACAGUCGAGAGAGAAUCGCGUCAAUCAGAAUUAGAAGAAUCAAGGACUAAUGUAAUGAAUCUUCAAGAAGAAAUUGGGAAGUUGGAGAGCGAGAUGAAAACUAACAUUGCUGAUCUCAAAGAAGAAUUAGAAGACAUGCAGAUCCUAUGGUCACAAGCUCGAGAAGAAUGUGGACAUCUCACAAAUGAGAACGAAAAGUUACAAGAAUCUUUGCAGAAUCUUCUUGAAGAGUACAAGACUGUUCAGCACUCAAAUUCGGAAAUGGAAAGAGAGAACUUGGAACUGCACGAGCGUCAUUUGCACCUAGAAGCUCAACUUCACGAAUCGCAGAAAAGGUCGUCUAAUAGCUUGAUAAAGGUUAAAGCUCUAGAAGAAAAUCUCAAUUCAAUGUGGAAAGAUUUUUCCUUGGAAGAAGAGAGACUGAAUGCUGAACUUAAUGAACUCAUUCAAGAGAACAAGAAGGAAAUUGAGAAACUUGUGCAACAAGAAAGUUUGUCUAAUCAAAGGUAUUCAGAGAAGUCGACGGAAGUUAAGAGCCUCAAGAAAGAGGUAGAACAACUAACUAAGCAAAUUUCUGAAAUGGAUGAGGAAAGGAGAUUAGCUUCUGAUGCUGUUAAUGAAGUUUCCAGUUUGCGCGCUAAUAACGCGAUGCUGGUAUCUGCACUUGAAGAUGUUCAAUCAAAAUUUACAUUGACUGAGAAGGAGCUCAGUAAUGUAAGAAUAGAGUCUGAGUUGAAGAUCCAAGAUUCAAGACGAAGUUUUGAGAAGUUGACGGUUGACCAUGAAAAGAUUUUGAAACUUCUGCCGAAUUAUAGGGCAAAUGAGGAAAAGCUCAAGACAGCGAUUAAUGACCUUGAGUUGCAGCUCACUCUUUCGCGCUAUGAACACCAAAAGCUUCAUGAAGAGAGUGCUAAUCUUAAAUGUCAGUUGCAAAAAACAAAGGAACUUCAGGAAGACGUCGACUAUCUGAAGAGCGAGCUGAAGGAAUGUAGGUCUGAAAAGGAAAAGUUAGAAGCAUCACAGAAUAUUAUAUCCGUAGAUUAUGAAAAAAUGAAGGCCGAGAAGGCCUCUUCUGCCGGUAAGAUCUCCGAUUUUCAAAAAAUCUUGGCUGAGUUGGAGAACAGCAAUAAAAACAGAAUUUGCUUGGAACAAAAACUUGAGCAAAUGGAAAGUGAUUUAACCGAAAAGGAGAAAUUCUGCGCACAAGUGGCUGGUUUGAAAAAUGAGCUUAGCGAAACUAAGAGAGAAAAUGAUCAAUAUCAGCAGAAAAUACAUAAGAUGAAGGAGGAGAAGGAUAACUUCUUGAGAAAAGUUCAAGCACUUGAAGCAGAAGUGAAAAUGAUGGAGGAGGAGAAAAAACUAUAUGCUAAAAAGUUUGAACAGAACAAUACUCCAAAGAGCACCAAUAAGUACACUAACUUCAAUAGAGUACAUCAAAAGCUUAAUCAGUCGCAAGAACUUCUGGUGGAUCGACUUCAUUCAGAUCGGAAGUAUAGCGAAUCAGAGGGUGAAAAUGGUUCCGCCGAUGGAAUUGCUUAUUCUGCGGAAGUCGAUUUUUUGGCUAGAAUACAGUUGCUUGAGAACAAGCUUGCUGAAGCAUUAGAGGCAAAUAAGAAGUACAAAAUUCAGCUUCAAAGGCUUAAGACCGAGGAACGAAAAGGGCAUUCACCUUCUUCCAGGAAACCAGACGGGGACAGCGAAAUGGUGAAAAGGUUUGAACGUACGAAGACUUCACUAGAAACGGAAUUAAAAGACAUUCGAGAGCGUUACUUUCAAAUGAGUCUUAAAUAUGCUGAAGUUGAAGCACAAAGAGAGGAUCUUGUUAUGAAACUAAAGGCAGCUAAGAGUGGAAAGAGGUGGUUUUCUUGAAUCUCGCUAGCAUUUUUGUGGAGUUUUCAUCCUAACCUUAGGUAAACUGGUCCAUUGUUUGAUCUAGCACAUAUAUUAUUAUUGUAAUUUAUUGUCAAAAUAACUGAAACAAGCUAUAGACAAUAAAGAAUUAGACCAAAUAAAAGGAGCAUAUGCUAUAAAAUGGAGUGACUAAGCUAGACAAGAAACUACACUAACAAAAUUGUGUUAUUUAUUCGAAGAUAUGGCAGUGGCAAGGCCUUUUUGCCUUUGAA